AGAACUGGCAUUGCCUUUCAAAUAAUCAGUCGCCCGCCCACUGUCCGAUGCUGUUUGCAUCGAAAAUAUUGUCGAAUGCAUGAAAAAGAUCAUCUCUGCUGUUGUGAAAGCGCUUUGCGAGUAAGAUUCUCAGCACCAAACACGAGCGUGGCACUGAUACAUCUAAAGUUGUGAGCGAGAAUCUGCAACGUGAUGGAGGUUGAGAAUAAAGAAGGAACCGAGAGCCCUCUGCCCAAUGGCAGCACCCAUCCGCCCAAACGUGGACGAGGCAGACCACGAGGGUCACUCAAUAAGAAGUUCACUACCGAGAAAGCACCGACACCCAAUGCUAGGCCUUCGAAAAAGGUGGACUUCUUUUCUCCUGACAUAGUCAUAAAGACCAAGGUGAAGAAACGUGGUCGACCAAAGAAGAUCAAAAUGCCCGGUAGGCCGAGAAAGAUCCCGCUCACGCCUGAGGAAGAAUCAGAGAGACUUCACAGGUUGAGUUUACAACGCAAGCGGAGACUGUCAAAACCCCUUGGAAGACCACGCAUUCAUCCCAUCGCUGAAGGUCCCAAGGUAAAAAGAGGUAGAGGAAGACCACGCAAGUAUGGAGCAAAAUCCGGUUCGCAAAGCGGAGGAGCCAAACAAGAUGGCAUCGAAAGCAGCAUUGAUGUCGCCAACGGCCCUCCACAAAAAAGAGGAAGGCCAGCAGGCUCGUUGAAAAGGAAGAGGGGUCGGCCCGCAGGUUCUACUAAGGUUGCCAAGCUUGCCAGGGCCUCAGAUGGAACCCCAAAAAAGAGAGGCCGCCCUCCGGGUUCUCCCAACAAGGUGAAGAAGAUUCAGCAGGCUGACGGAUCUCCGCGCAAGAGAGGCCGACCCCCAGGCUCGGGCACCAAACUGAAGGUCAUUCAACGAAACCCCGACGGAACUCCUCGCAAGAGGGGACGACCUCCAGGUUCUGGCAAAAAGGUCAAGAUUGUCGAAAAGAAAGUUGGAGACACUCCCCGCAAGAGAGGCCGACCUCCAGGUACUGGCAAAAUCAAGGCUUGUACCGCAGAAGGUGGAGAGACGGGAGGUGAGAAUGCCGAUGGCACCGCUCCGCGUCGUAAGAGAGGACGUCCAAGUAAAGUCAGACUCGCAGUCAUUCUCGAAAAACUUCCCUCGGCAUCCGCGGAGGAAGACGAAGAGGAGACCGAUGCACCCUCUCCCAAACAAUCUCGCACCUCUGAUGAUUCGUCGCAAAAUCCAAAUGAUGAAGAUGACGAUACCAGGGCGAGCGAGAACGACGCAGACCCAGAAGAGGAAGAUAACGCCAUUGAUUGUUCAAAAGUGAACAACACAAGUGAGAACGAGAUGGUGGGCAAAUUCAAAAAAAAGAAAUAAAAAGAUAAGGGGCUUCAUUGAAAAUUGGUGGGUAUAUUUUUCGAAGGGUUUUAAUAGGCUAUUUUUUUUUUUUUUUUUAAUAUGACGAAGUGUGCUUUUGAUGUUGCCUACCAUGCCGGACUGUAUUCUCUCUCUCUCUUAUUUUCAAUAUCAUUAACCGAAAUGUUUGCUCACAGUCUGAUUGAGCACAAUUGACUUUUUUAUUUUAUUAAAUUUUUUUGCAUGGAAAAAA